GCGCCUGUGGCUCCUCGUUCUGGCUUCGCCUUCGCACGCAACUCAAAUCAGCUGUUAAAAAAUAACAACACAUGAGUCCCUGUCGCCCUUGCUGUAAUUAUUUCAGAGCUUGAAUCUCUUCAAUUUGAAUCAGAAGCAUUUCAUCGACUUAACAGUCCUCUUCGAUAAGUGAGCAGAGCAAAUAAUGAACGCCCUGAGACAGAACAUCCAAUCGAUCGGCCUGAGGCCGGUGCACAUGCUGCGGCUGUUGUCCUCGGCGGCGCCCAAGCAGGAGGAGAUUGGCCAGUUGGUCAAGCAAAACAAGGUUGUCGUAUUCAUGAAGGGAGUGCCCGCCGAGCCAAGGUGCGGCUUCAGCAACGCCGUCGUGCAGAUUCUACGCAUGCACGGCGUCAAAUACGACGCGCACGACGUGCUCAAGGACGAGGAGCUGCGUCAGGGCAUCAAGGAGUUCUCCAAGUGGCCCACCAUCCCUCAGGUGUUCAUCAAUGGCGAAUUCGUUGGCGGCUGUGACAUCAUGCUCCAGUUGCACCAGAGCGGAGACCUCAUCGAAGAGCUCGAGAAGGCUGGAAUCAAGUCUGCGUUGCUAGACGACGCCAAGGGCGACGAAAAGAAAUAAAUUUGAAAAUUAUCCUUUUUAGCUGUGUAUAGUACAAUAUUGAAGAAUGGGGAAUUUGAUUGUAUGAGUGGCUGUUGAUGAUGAAUAUGGAGUUGUUUGAUUUAUAAUAAAAACAUUAUUGUUUAGUUAUUAAAA